GGGACAGCGGUAGGGCUCUAGAGGGACGCUCCGCUCCCAGGCUCUCUGCAUUGCAGUCGGUGUUGCUCUCUUCCACGUGGCCUCUUAGCGUUUUUCCAAGUUUCAAAAACAUUUUGAAGCUAGAGCCUUCAGAGUGCGGAACAUUGACAGUUAGUAAGAAGAGCCCAGAUGAUCCCAGAGCACUGGAUGGGGGUAUUUUUUCUGCUCUUAGUUGUAGGGCUUUGCUGGGGCCAGUACAACCCCAACACUCUCUCUAAGAGAACCUCGAUUGUGCAUCUCUUUGAAUGGCGCUGGCAGGAUAUUGCUCAGGAGUGUGAACACUACUUAGCUCCUAAUGGAUUUGGAGGAGUUCAGAUUUCACCUCCAAAUGAAAAUGUUAUCAUUACCGACCCCCAGCAACCAUGGUGGGAAAGAUACCAACCUGUCAGCUACAAGCUGUGCACAAGAUCUGGAAAUGAAACUGAAUUUAGAGACAUGGUGACCCGAUGCAACAAUGUUGGAGUGCACAUUUAUGUGGAUGCAGUAAUCAACCAUAUGUGUGGAGCUAAUGCUGGGGCUGGUGACCAUGCUACUUGUGGAAGCUAUUUCAAUGCAAAGACUGAAGAUUUCCCAGCUGUGCCCUAUUCUGGCUGGGACUUCAAUGAUCAUAAAUGUAAAUCUAGAAGUGGAAACAUUGAGAAUUAUCAUGAUAUAUCUCAGGUACGGGACUGCCGCCUGGUCAGCCUGCUGGACCUGGCCCUGGAGAAGGACCACGUGCGCUCCAGGAUCGCCGCGUACCUGAACCAGCUCAUCGGCCUCGGCGUCGCGGGCUUCCGCAUUGAUGCUGCCAAGCACAUGUGGCCUGCGGAUGUCAAGGCCAUUUUAGACAAGCUGGAAGAUCUAAAUACUCAAUGGUUUCCUGCAGGAACUAAACCUUUCAUUUACCAAGAGGUAAUUGACUUGGGUGGAGAGCCCAUCAAAGGCAGCGACUACUUUGGAAAUGGCCGAGUGACAGAAUUCAAAUACGGUGCCAAACUGGGGACAGUGAUCCGCAAGUGGAACGGAGAAAAGAUGGCCUACUUAAAGAACUGGGGAGAAGGCUGGGGCUUUGUGCCUUCUGACAGAGCCCUGGUGUUUGUGGAUAAUCACGACAACCAGAGAGGACACGGGGCUGGUGGAGCUUCUAUUCUAAUCUUCUGGGAUGCCAGGCUCUAUAAAAUGGCAGUUGGUUUCAUGCUCGCCCACCCAUAUGGCUUCACACGUGUGAUGUCAAGUUUUCGCUGGCCAAGAUAUUUUGAGAAUGGAAAGGACAUCAAUGACUGGGUUGGGCCCCCAAGUAACGCAGAUGGCUCCACAAAGCCCGUUACAAUCAAUGCAGACACGACCUGUGGCAACGACUGGGUUUGUGAACAUCGCUGGCGUCAGAUCAGGAACAUGGUUAUCUUCCGUAACGUGGUGGAUGGUGAGCCUUUCUCCAACUGGUGGGACAAUGGCAGCAAUCAAGUGGCUUUUGGCCGUGGUAAUAAAGGCUUCAUCAUCUUCAAUAAUGAUGACUGGAAUAUGAACGUCCAUGUGCAAACUGGACUGCCUGCUGGUACCUACUGUGAUGUUAUUUCUGGACAAAAGGAGAACAACAAAUGUACUGGAAAGCAGGUGUAUGUUUCUGGUGAUGGAAUGGCUAAUUUCCAGAUUAAUACCGAUGCUGAAGAUCCAUUUAUUGCAAUUCAUGUUGAUGCCAAGCUGUAAUUUGGGAGAAAUAGCCUCCUCUGCUUGGUCUGUGUAUUACUGUUUCCCCCAUAUGUUAUUCCUUGCUUUUUGAGCAUGACUGACUUUCUAUUGAAAAAUAAAUGGCAUUCAAAUUGAA